CACAAUUGCAACCAACGAAUCAAAAAGGAACAGGAGAAUUAAAUACAGCGUUGAGGUUUCGAAGGGCCUUCAUUUUUACAAAUGUCCAACGGCGAAAAAUGUCUUGCACAAAUCUGGUGUUUGUUACUUUCCUCGCUUUCUUUGUUUGCUUUCGUCUUCUUCCAGUGAAAGGAGUGCAAGUUUUCAAAUUAGGUGCUAUUUUCCCCAAGAACAACACAGAUUUAGACGAAAAGAUUUUAAGGUUUGCAAUCGACACCGUGAAUAAAGAGGGAUGGCUCUCCAAUAUCACUCUUAACUGUUCGAUACGAUAUGCGGCUGCAGAUAAUUCGUUUGAGAAUAUUUAUAAAGUCAAUCAGCUGAUCAACGAGGGAGUGAUUGCAAUCAUUGGUCCAAAGACUUCAGUUGCUGUGAAAGCGACGCACCCAUUAUGUUCUAAGUUGCAAAUUCCCCAGAUUAGCGCCAGUGCCACGGAUCCAGAUUUGUAUUUCAAUUCUCGUGGUCGUUACAGGUACUUGCUGCGCAUGUCUCCUGAUGAUACACAAAUGAAUAUUGCGAUGAAGGAAUUAAUUGCACACCACAAGUGGAAAAGAAUGGGAAUCUUAACAGCAAGCACACUUUAUGACAUGAAUGCAUUGAGCCAAUUCAUAGGGUUUGCUACAGCCAAAAAGUGGGAAAUACUGGGAGUUGAGCACUUUACAGUCACAGCUGGUAGUUAUAAAAUAAAUGCUACAAAAAACCUGUUAAAUCUGAGGGAGAAGGGCGCACGCGUGAUACUGUUAAGUUGCCAAGCUGAUUAUGUACCACAAGUACUGGAACAAGCGGAACAAUUGGACAUGAUCAGAGAAUGGGUGUGGAUUUUGACUGACAAUGCAAUUUCUCAGGAUAACAGAGAUAUUUCUUACAAAGAGGGAGUCAUUGGCGUGCGUUUACCCGUCAGAGGUCGUGGCCAACUGUUUGAUAGUGUCUCGAAGGAAUGGAGCAAAAUUGAUGAAACGUCAUCUAUCAAUGCUCGGUCAGGACGGAUCUAUGACGCUGUUUUAACUGUCGCCAGGGCUAUCGAAGGAAUUCUUUCUCAGAACGAAUCACUCUCGCAGCCUCCUGUUGGCAAUGGACUGUGCAGAUCUGAUAAACCCUGUAAAACAAACGUUGAUGCUAUUCAAUUUAAAUGUUCUUUUCAGAGUCCGCCGUUCGUCAUGAAAAAAGAAAAUUCCACGAACAGUAAUUCAGAUGUAGAAUACGAGGGAUUCUGUAUUGACUUAUUAGACGAGCUGAAGAAGAAAUUACAAUUUGAAUAUCAUCUGGAACUGAGAGAUAACUUUGGUGACCAGCAGAGUGAUGGUACUUGGAGUGGAAUUAUUGGGGAGCUGACAAGAAAGAAAGCUCAACUGGCCGUGUCCACUAUAAUCAUCAGCCCUGAACGCGAAAAAGCGGUGGACUUUACACAACCUUACUACAGUCUGGGAUUCAAGAUAGUUAUGAAGAAAACAGACAUGGAAAACAAGGUGAAUACCUGGGGAUUUUUAGAUCCUUUUGAGAAGACUUUGUGGAUUGCCAUCAUCAGCUCAUCAGUGAUCAUAGGAACUGUGGUUUGGAUCUAUGACCGACUGAGCCCGUAUGGCUACUAUGGCAAGGUGGUACAAUCAGCGGAAGUCAGCAGCGAGGAAGCGCUUGCGAAGAAUACCCUCUCGUUAUUUCAUUCAUUCUGGGCAGCGGUUGCCUCUUAUCUAGAGCAGACUCCAGAUAACCUGCACCCGAUUUCUCAAUCUGGUAGAGCGACUACAUUAGCUUGCUCAGAGGCUAAGCUCCCAGUCUACGAGAAACUAUGGGAUUUCAUCGAGCGUCAUGGAACACUGGAAAAGAAUCAUACAGCUGGGAUUGAAAAAGUGCGAAACACGGAAAAUUAUGCCUUCAUUUGGGACUCGGCAGUACUUGAAUAUGACGUGCAACAAGAACCGUGUAACACACUGACUCUUAUCGAAAGACCAUUUGGUAGUAUCAACUAUGGCUUCGCUCUCCCUCGCAAUUCACUUUACACUCAUAACUUUAGUGUAGCCAUGUUGGAGUUGCAACAAGAUGGCUUCUUACAGCGCAUGAAAGAGAAAUGGUUUAAAAGCCGCAGCGUGUGCGGUGCAGAGACACAGGCAGCCCAGGAAGCUGCUGAGGAGGGCGGUGACCAGCUUCAGUUUAGUGAUUUGGCUGGGGUGUUCAUCACCCUUGUAGUGGGCGUGGCUGCUGGGUUGAUUGUCCUGUCCAUGGAACUGAUUUAUGCGUCUUACAAAGACACCCAGUCUAAAGAUGGCGAGGCACCAAACACACUAUGUGCAGCUCUUUGGCGAAGGUUGCGUCGAACUUAUAAGGGAUUCCACGAUCUCCACAAACGUGACGAGGGAGAAAAGCAGAAGGAAGAGGACCUGGCUAUGUCUGAGGGCCUCCUACUUCCCAGCGCUCUAGAAACGCAAAAUAUUUGAUUAUAUUCAAACUUGAGCCAGGAUGUUUUGACCGAGAGGCUUAGCAUGUGUGUGUGGAACUUUACAAGGCUCAUGAGGAAUUUAUGUAACUGUUAGACUUUAGAUGAAGGCAUGUACUUGUUUAAGAUAGCUUAGAGUCGGUUUUCCCUUAGCUUAAUGCUCCAUUUUUAUUUUAAUAUAGCUAGGCUUCUCAUUAUAUGUUUAUCUGCUAUGCAUAAGACUCAUCUGGGAUAGGAAAGCUGAAGGAGACUCUCAUGUAAAAAUGGAGCAGAGAUGAAAUACAGGCUAUCACGGUGAUCCUAUAAUUAUUACUAACAGUUUAAGAGAAUUAAUGAUAAUUUCCUUAAUCAUCCUUGAAGUGCGAUAUUUCAGCUUAAAGUAGUCACAGAUAGGUCUUUCUUAGUUAUUA